AUGAUUUUAGCUACCGUGACGUUAUCUGUCCCUGAAAUCUUGAAGCCGGUUGCGCCAAAUGCUCAACCUUUUCAUCUCAUUACUCGGAAUAUCGAUCGCCUGUCGGUCGAUGCAUUACUACAGGAACUUAGACAGCAAAACCUAUCUCCCAGCAUCUCCAAGAACUCCAUUAUCGAGAUGCAUGGAAACUAUUCGAGGCCCAAUGCACCAAUUCUGACUGCGGCCAUCGCGCCGAAGAUUUGUCUCUUGCUCCUGCUCUCUGUCCAGCUCUUGAACAGGCUGCACUUCCUCGUUGCUCAUCUUGCGGAUCUCUUGCUCGUCCUGGAGUUGUAUGCUGAUAUGUGCCUGGCCAUAGGCACCUCAACGGUCCUGCCAGAAGCGACCUAUGCACAUCGUGUACGGCGCCACAAUGGCAAAGUCGCCGUAUACCUGCUGGGAGUGACGCAGAGGCAGACUUUUUGUUCAAAGGAGGACGUGAAACAAUUCUAG